CCUUCCAUCCUCCGGAGUUUCUUUUUUUGGUCGAAAUCUUCCGGAGUUAAUAUAGGGUUUAAGUUGUGUUUGUCCACUUCAUUGUCGAUCUGCUCCCCUUGGCACAGAAAAUGGCAUCGUUUUGUAGAUCAGCUAUAGUGACAGGCACAAGGUCCAUGGCCGCUCGGUCCAGAACCCUAUCCCAGAAAGCCCUAAAUGCGAAAUCUGCUUCCUCUCCUUUCUCUACGCCAUCGACACGAGCCAUCCCCAAUUCUUCAAGGGUUUUAUCCAUUUUUGGGAGUGUGGAGUCGUUAAUGCCGCUUCACAGUGCUAUUGCCAAUGCUCGGCUCAAAUCCAGCAUUGCUGUUGAUUCCUCUUGCUGGAGUUCGCUUUCUCAAGAUUUUGCGGUUCCUCGGUGACAGAUUUUGGUCAUUUACGAACAAAGUUGGCUUGCUUUCACCUCUGUACCAUUUCAUUCCUUCUGAUGACUAUUUGAUUGGCUAAUGUCAUCACUUGGCUGGGAUUAUUUGUUAGUAUGGGUCAUAGACAUGGUAUACUUCCUUUUCUAGCUGUAGAAAACCUCAUCUCAUUUUCACAUUCAUCAAAUUAUUGUACGUUGAUGGCAGUUGUUUGUUGGCUCAAGUUCUUAUUUGCUGAAGUUAAUAGUGUUGAUUGAUUCUCAAGGAGACCUUUAGAGACAUUUAGAAUACCUAGGAUAUAAAACUGAUAGAGAGAGUUUUGGUAAAGCUGAAGCAUGCCCCAAUUGUUGGCUUUCAAAAUUGGUUUGAGUGCCCACUGGCAAUUGAAUUCUCUAACCAUAUCACUCUUUUAAUAGAACCGCGGAUCUCUUGUUGCCUGCCAGGUUCUUUUGUUGUCAUUUCUUAUAAAACUGAAUUAUUUUCUUACUUCUAAGCAAA